AAUAUGUUACAUUUAUAAUAACUAAUUUAAAAUGUUAUACACCAUGUGAAAUUUUAUUUUUGCUAUUUUGUAUUUCUUGUAAUGUUUAGAGAGGGCGUACAUCUUUGACUAAACUAUCGCACAACUUUUGUGCAUCCCAAUCAACUGUUUAGUUGCACAACUAAAGAUCGAGUAGUGUGCUCGCCUCCAUACAAGCUCUUAGGAAACUAAGAGGGACUAAACAGUUGUGCGAUAGUUUAGUCAAAAAUGUGCGCGUGAUCUUAUACAACAAAAUAAUGUGUAGAGAAAAACAACUGUUUUCUCUACACAUUAUUUUGUUUUUCCUUUUUUUUUUCAUUAUUGUAAUAUCUUGUAAGAUAUUUGAUAUUCACACAUGUAUUCUUACUCAGUGUAGUAAGUAUCAUGUGCCUGUAGUGCUAUGAGCCUAAUAAUCAAUUUAAAAAAUUGUUGCCAGAAACUUAACAAAUAAAUAUACGUAUAAACCUAAAGCUUGAUUAAAGUGGUACUUAUUUCAUCUUAAAAAUUAUAAACUAGUCCCAAGUGCUUCUUCAAGGGUGGGGGGGAGGUGUUGAUCCCAAGAGAAUCGAAAAAUUAAUAUUACUUAUGAAAACUACUCUGAAUCACUAGACCUACUUUUUUGAAUACAUCUACCUAGUACCUAGAUAUAUCUGUAUAAACUAAUUCACUACAUACAUCAAAAACCGUCUAGUUAUGAAUGAACUGAAGUGUUCUUCUCACCUCUCAAGAUAUUUUUACCAACAUCUAUGUUAAACUGAAUCAACGCCCUAUUUUGUAGAAGAAAGGUCAAGUUGAUGCUAAUUGGAGUGUUCCUAUUAACGUAGUUUCAUUAUUUUUUUCUAAGUAAGUAAUUCAUAACGUAGUUGUUUUGGGAAAUAAAAUAGCAUACUAGCUAUCUGUUACCAGAAGACUAUGGAACGUUUUGUUAAUUUGGUUAAUAUACGGAUUUAUUUGUAAUUUAGAAAAUUUGCCUCUUCAAAAUUACAAAUUGCAGUCAUAAAUAUCAUUAUUUAACUAUAUUGUUGCCAACGGUACAUUAUUUUAAAAGCUCACUGCACUGCUGCAAUCAAAGCUGGCAGAUGUGCAUAAGUAUAAAGUCUUCUUUUCUCUUGGAGGAAAUUAUUGGAAAGAAAAGAAUUCUCUUCGAAAAAAAAAGAACAAUUAUUUUUUUACUCUUUAAUGUCUAAGUCAAUAGUUUUGUUAUAUUUACUCUUUGAAAACGUUUUGAAACACAAAAGUAAAAAUAAAAUGUCACCUGUCACCUGAGAAAUUUGCUGAAUGCUGAAAUGUGCCAUUGUAAUAAGUAUUUUUAUUGUAAAUAAAUAAAGCAUGAAUAAAAGUAGUACUAAUGAAUGUAUGCCAAGUCCGGCUGGGGAUCCAUGGAUUACGUGUAGAUCGAAGUCCCACCAUAGGCGAAUAUAUUAUUAUAAUACUAUUACCGGUGAAGCAAUAUGGAAUUUAACUGAUUUUGAGAAUGAUAAGUGUAAAAAGAUAACAGAUAACAGAGUUUGUGUUGGCGGACAAGACCAUUCUGAUGGCUAUCCAGAACCAGAAGACCCACCACAAGAUAUAUGCAGGAACAAUUUUGCAUCUGGAACUAAUGAACAAAAUAUACAUAAUACGGAAUCCAGAAGUUCAAUUUUUAAUGAACAUAUCAUUAAUGAACCAUUCAUGCACGACAGUUUAUCUUCAAGCCAUAUAGAUCAGAAAUGGAGUAAUAUAAAUACAUUUAAUGAUGUCAAGUUCAGUGUUCCAGUGGCCACAUCACCACCAACAUCAAUUCCCAAUAAUUCUUUCCCAAUAAAUCAACCACAGAUUAAAGUAAACAUAGAUCUCGACCAUAUAGGGUUUAAAAAUAAUUAUGUUCAUACAACCACAGUACCACUUAGUGAACGCUUUCAAAGAAUCAAUCAUGUUAAUAGCCAUUCAUGGUUUAUUAUGCCAGAACAAGGAUAUAAGUCAACAGUUACAGAAGUUUCAGCAACUAAUACUUCUAUGAAAGAUGAACCGGAACCCUUGUCCAGUACACACCAACAGUCAAUUGUUGCUAGUGAUUUGAGGCAAAUAUUAUCAUUAAAACGACAGACAAAUAUAUUAAAUAACAUUGAACAACAAGUAAAUACUAACAGACCUGAAAUAAAUAGUAUGUCUAUUGGAACAUUGCAUAUUGGUAAUUUUGGAGUUCACCAAAUGGACAGGAUAAAUCAAAAACUAAUCAAGAACACUGUUGUUGGCACAACUGAAGAAGAUAACAUGAACAAUUUUCAGGAUUAUAUAUAUUUAGUUCCUGAUGCAAAUGUAUUUCAAAAUCACAUCUGUUUUCUUAAAUUCUUGCUUCAAUUCAGUAAAACUUUCCAUUUCAUAGUACUAGAAAAUGUAUUGAAAGACAUUCAGGUCAAUAGGAGAAGUGAUAAUGACUAUAAAAAGAGGCAAGCACGACAAGCAAUGAAUUUCAUAACCUGCAAUAUUAGAACAGGUUUGGUUUCAAUUGUUAAAAAUUCAAUGUAUCAAAAUAAUACUCGACACUUUUAUGUUCUGGAUUGUUGCCGAAAGCUUGUAGAAGAACAUGAUAAAAUUAUACUACUGAGCAAUUAUGAACAUUUAAAAGUACAAAAAAAUACUGAUAGGAUUUUAAUCUUCACCGUUAACGAAUUUAAAUUAAUAGUUAAUACUUUGGGUGAUGCAAAUUUAAUUAGAAACCAUCUAUAUCCAAAUGAAACAUCCCAGGAUGUGUCUAUGCAAGAUGUCUCAAAUGAUCAAGAAUACGAUGUUAAAGAUAAUGAAUUAAUUAAAAAACAACUUCAAACUCUAACGAGUGACAUUCCUACUAAAGUUAGUAUAGGAAUUGGAACCAGCAAUCCUAUUGAAGAAAAAAAUACAGUCGACGCUAGUGUUCAAACCGAUUUAGAUUCUGAAUUACUCACUCGAAUAUUAAAUACUGAAAGUGUUAAAACUAUUCUCGCUGACUCUACAUUAAAAGAAAUGCUAAACAAUGAUAAUAUGUCAGUUUCGAAUAAUUGGAAUGCAAAUUUGAAUUCACCGAAAUCGCAUGCAACAGAUAUAGACAAUAAAGUAAAGGAGAAAAAUUUCAAAUGGCGUAGAAAGGGAUCUAGUAUUUUCUUUAAAAAGAAAGACGAAACACAUUCAUUUGCUAAUUUAAUGGUACAAAUACCUGAAGGAACAGUAAAACAGUUAAAUAAUGAGUGUAAUAUUAGCGCUAAUGUUAUUUUACCACCAACGGAAGACUCUUCUAGUUCGGGAAUAGUUUCUAUUGCGCCUUGUCCUAAUGAUUACUGGAAUGAAAAUAAUAAUACAAGAAAUAUACACCUCUCUUCCGUUGGCAAAGAAAGUGAAAAAGACAGCAGUAAUGUUAUGUUUGAAGUGACAAGCGAAGCUAUGAAUGAAAAUCUGAAAUCCCAUAGCGAUGAAUGGGUUUCGCGUUUUGUUCAAAUAAUGGAAGAAGCGCUAACACAAGUGUUAGAAAAAAAUCCUUCGCAGUCUCCUAAUGUAUUAGCUCCGCCGUGGACUUUGUUUGAGGCGACAACUUGCAUUAAAAUGAAAUAUCAUAAAGAUCGUGAUAUCGUCGAUGCUGGGAAUAAAUUGACUAAUACUCUUACAAAAAUUAGUGAUGAAAAAGGAACAGUAAAUAUUCAUCCGACUCCAAAGCAAUAUAUGGAAAUGUACAGUUAUGGUGUUUACUUGAUUGAUGCUCUACAGGCUGCUUACGAGGGAUGUGAAGAUUUACAAACAGCUUCUGAAUCACUAUCGAAACUGUUAAACGACAUUCAAAAUCCAAAUCUAUCUACUAGUCAAAAUGACUCAUUUAUCGACGUACAAGAGGAAAAUAUCGAAAAUACCUGUAACAAGGCAAACAGAGAUGCAAAGGAAAAAGCAUUCCAGACUAGUAACGAACAUACAUUGAUUGCCAAAAAAAUACAAAUACAACUUUCCCCAGUAUCUUCGCCAUCAAAGUGCAAAGUAAGAUCGAUAUUUAAAAAUGAAGAUAAUAAAGUUGAAGAAAAGGAAAAUAUUAAUAUUAAUGAGGAAUCCGAAAGUAAAACUUUAUUGCUAUCUGAAUUGGAUUCUAAUAAUUAUGUAUUUGUAAAAGAUCGUGUGAGGUCAUUUGUAGACGAGGAGUCUCACACACCGACUUAUGAUCCGCCAACAUCACACGAAGUCAAUACUGAUUCCUCAAUUAAUGAAAUACCAACAAGUAAAGAUUCAAAACAACCAAAAAUCGUUAUAAACUUCACUCAAUGUGCGGAUUACGAAAAAAAACUUAAAAUGAAAGAAUUAGAAUUAAACGAUAUUGAUUCUGAAGAGUCUUAUUUAGAUUAUAGUAACGAUUAUUUAGAUUAUGAAAAUCAGUAUGAAAAUAUUAAAGAAUGGCCGAAUGAUAAACAUUUUGGAUUUGAAAAUAUUUUCAAUAAUUUGUUACUAGAGAUACGACAGACUUUUAUAAUUGUCUUUGCCUUUUGUAUGACGUGUCAAAAAGAUGUAAAUAUAUCUGAACCUCGAAGAAAAUUAUUAGAUGCCAAAGAAGUUUAUUUGAAAAUAAGUAACAUUUGUAAUGUUCUGAACAGAAUCAUCAAACGAGAUGAUAAAUUGUUCGUGUCGUAUAUUGCUGAAGUUUUGCAGGCGGAAGAUCUGAUGGAAGAUUUUAAGUUUGACGAGAGCGAUUUAACUAAAUAUAAAGAAAUUAUUACAAAAUAUUCGGAGCAAGCCAAUUCUCUUCGUGAAUGUUUAGAAACAAUUAUAAAGACAUAUGAGUUGGUAUAUUGAGUUUUCACCGCAUAUUAGAAUGGUAUUGAAGUGGAUUUUAAAUCUGAGUGAUUUUUUGAAUUCUAUAGAAAUAAGUGGAAAAUAGUGAAAUUAAAAAAAUUAAAGCAUGCGAUGACAAGUACAGAAACAUAAUAAAAGUGUUAUAGUACUAUUUCAUAGAAUAUUCAAAGAUUAUACAUUCACAGUUAACACAGCGACCUUUAAGCAUAAUAAUCAGAGAUUUAAAAAGUUAAAAUUUUGUUACAUUUGUUAUGUUUCUUGUUUGGGAAAGCAUAGAUACGGGUUUUUUUUAUUUAUAGGCCCACUACAUCAUUACUACAAAGGUGUUAGAGCAAACAUUAACUGUUUGAUACAGUUUGGAAUGUUGAUUAUAUUGAUUAUUAUGUUUUUUUUCUGUAGAAUUCACUGAUCUAUACAAACAGACGAGCUUCCGUGCGGCUUCCGCAUAACAUUAUAAAAAACUUCAUUUAAUUGUUUACUUUCGGUAAAAAAUUCAUUUGAAAAUGUCUAAAUUCAAAUUAGAUGACAAUGGUCUCUGCCAAUGGCCAACAAAUACCGUUACAAUAGUAAUCUUGCUUUUUUGCUAUUGACUUGUAGUUGUUCCUUUCUAGUAUGACUAUCUCGGUAGAAGGUAUUAAAAUAAUAGCCUAUAUGGUAAAUGUAGGGCCGUAUAUUAAAAAAAGAAUAAAUUAAAAAUAUACUGUGAUUGCUGACAUCCUAUUAUACAUAACUAAGUAGUGUGUACGCUUUAUUAAUAAUAAGGAUUCCUAUCGCCUUGGGUUUUAUAAUCUGUGGCAUAAAUAGAUCUGCAAUUGCAAUUCUAUUCGAAUAAAUAAAAAGUUGAAAUUAAAUGAA